GUCACGUCUCCCAUAAUAUGUUCGCGCUCUAUCCCCACUCCCUUUGAACCGCUCAAAUACCCAUUUCCAUCUCCGAUCCAAAAUCCUGACACAAUCCGUCAAUCAUCAUGAGGGAGAUCUUGCACAUUCAGGGAGGUCAGUGCGGCAAUCAAAUCGGCUCCAAGUUCUGGGAAGUCAUCUGCGACGAACACGGCGUUGAUCCUACCGGCCGUUUCAAGGGCGGAGAAGCCAGCGACGGUGCCGCUGAUCUCCAACUCGAACGCAUUAAUGUCUACUUCAACGAGGCUUCCGGUGGUCGCUAUGUUCCCCGCGCUGUCCUCAUGGAUCUCGAGCCUGGUACAAUGGACAGUAUCAGAUCAGGUCCUUACGGCCAGAUCUUCAGGCCGGAUAACUUCGUCUUUGGACAGUCUGGCGCCGGAAACAAUUGGGCCAAAGGCCAUUACACCGAAGGCGCUGAGUUGAUCGACUCUGUUCUAGAUGUUGUUCGAAAGGAGGCCGAGAACUGUGAUUGCUUGCAAGGGUUUCAGGUUUGUCACUCACUUGGAGGAGGUACUGGAUCUGGAAUGGGUACUCUUUUGAUCUCAAAGAUAAGGGAGGAGUAUCCAGACAGAAUGAUGCUCACCUUCUCUGUUUUCCCCUCACCAAAGGUCUCUGACACAGUUGUGGAACCAUACAAUGCUACACUCUCAGUUCAUCAGCUCGUGGAAAAUGCUGAUGAAUGCAUGGUUCUUGACAAUGAAGCACUCUAUGAUAUUUGUUUCAGGACUCUGAAGCUUAGCACCCCAAGCUUUGGUGACCUCAAUCAUCUGAUAUCUGCAACCAUGAGUGGAGUCACCUGCUGCUUGAGAUUCCCCGGGCAGCUGAACUCGGACCUCCGGAAACUGGCUGUGAACCUGAUCCCCUUCCCACGCCUCCACUUCUUCAUGGUGGGCUUCGCGCCACUGACAUCACGUGGCUCACAGCAAUACAUAUCCCUCACAGUCCCGGAGCUGACACAGCAGAUGUGGGAUUCGAAGAACAUGAUGUGCGCCGCAGAUCCACGACACGGCCGCUACCUGACGGCCUCUGCCAUGUUCAGGGGCAAGAUGAGCACAAAGGAGGUGGACGAGCAGAUGAUAAACGUGCAGAACAAGAACUCAUCAUACUUCGUGGAGUGGAUUCCGAACAAUGUGAAGUCAAGCGUGUGUGACAUAGCGCCAACGGGGCUGAGGAUGGCGUCUACGUUCGUGGGGAACUCGACGUCAAUCCAGGAGAUGUUCAGGAGGGUGAGCGAGCAGUUCACAGCGAUGUUUAGACGGAAGGCGUUCUUGCAUUGGUACACCGGGGAAGGGAUGGAUGAGAUGGAGUUCACGGAGGCGGAGAGCAAUAUGAAUGAUUUGGUGGCGGAGUAUCAGCAGUACCAAGAUGCCACAGCGGAUGAUGAAGAGGAUAUUGAGCAUGAAGGAGAGGUUUAUGAAGAAGACGAAUGAUCCACUCUCCUCUCUUCUUUUCCCUUUGUAUUGCAAAGUCAUGAAUGUUUAAUUUCUUUCUUUCUUUCUUUGAAUUCAUCCAUUUCCAUAAUCCUCAAGUCUGUCUAUGUUUGUAUUGUUAAAUACUUCGUACUCUAUACUUCUUACUUAUUAAAGCUUUGAUAAAGAAUAUAUGGAGUAUAUGAAUGAUUUUGCAACAACGGCUACAAAUCUAUUUUGACAAUUUCAACUCAAGAGUUGUCUAACC